UUCCAGUAGCCUCCUUGCACGCAUGUCAGGUUUAGUGCGUCUGCGCACUGGGACAGUGCUCGGUGGCGGAAUCAUGGCGGCGCAGGUGGACUGCGAAUUUCUGGUGAAGAAAGCUCGAGAUUUAGUGGCGGAGGAUCCAUGGGCCGCCAAAGCAUGGCUCAUUACCGCCAGGACUUUGUACCCUACGGAUUUCGGGAUUCAGUAUGAAAUGUACAUGAUUGAACGAAAUGCUGAGAGAACGGCUUCAGCUGGAAGACUUCUUUAUGACAUGUUUGUAAAUUUCCCUGAUCAACCAAUGGUAUGGAGAGAAAUAAAUGUUAUUACAGCAGCACUGCGUAAUGAUACCCAGGACAAGCAAACACAGUUUUUACGAGGUUUGUUUGAGACCCUUCCAGGUCGAAUACAAUGUGAAAUGCUUCUUAAAGCCACAGAGCAAUGCUUCAACACGCUGGAGAGAGCAGAAAUGUUGUUGCUACUCUUGAGACGAUUCCCAGAAUCUGUGGUACAGCAUGGAGUCAGCCUUGGUGAAACACUAUUGGAAGCAGAAAACCUUGAUGAUCAAGACUCUCCAGUCAACUGUUUUAGGAAGUUAUUUGUAUGUGAUGUCCUUCCUCUAAUUAUUAAUAACCCUGAUGUGAGAUUACCUGCCAAUCUGUUAUAUCAGUAUCUCCACAAGGCAGCAGAGUUUUAUAUUGGUUACAUCACCAGAUCUCCUUCAUUGGAAGGCCAGCAUCAAGGUUCCCAAGACACAGCUGAUAUAAAAUCACCGACCAAACGAAGUACUCAGAAAUAUAUCAUAGAAGGUCUGACUGAGAAAUCAUCAUUGAUAAUGGAACCAUGGGACAGAUUGUUUGAAAUUAUGUCUGUUGUGGCAAUGAGGUGUGAGUGGCAGAUGGACAAAGCAAACAGGAACUGUGGUGAAAUUCUGCAUAGGAUGAAAGAUUUAUGCAGGUAUAUAAACAACUUUGAUGAUGAAGGUCACAGGAAGUAUAAGCAUCAAGUUGUUUAUUCUACACUGCUGAUUUUCUUCAAGAAUGCAUUCCAAUACGUCAGCAGUAUCCAGCCAUCUCUAUUUCAAGCAUCCAGUCCUUCUAGCAACCAAAUUCCCCUUAUUUUGUUGGAUGAUUUGUCAAAUAUCUAUGGUGAUGUGGAUAUCGAUAGAAGUAAACAUAUUCAUAAAAGGCGGAAACUUGGAGAAGGGAGGGAGAAAACACUGGUGAACAGUGUCCACACCACUGGGAAGCUUGUUCUUAACCAAUGGUGGCAGAAUUCUAGCCCUCCACUGGGGGUUCUUCCGCAGGAGUUCAAACUGCAGCCCAGCAGUCAGACAGCUGACAGACAUCACACUGUAACCCGAGGAAUUACAAAGGGUGUGAAAGAAGAUUUCCGAUUAGCUAUGGAGCGGCAGGUUUCUCGCUGUGGGGAAAAUCUCAUGGUUGUACUACAUAGAUUUUGCAUCAAUGAGAAGAUCAUAUUGCUUCAGACUUUAAUGUGACACACACAUCCAAAUCUUUUCCUUUUAGAAUACAUGGAUGUUUUUGCUGAUGUGCUGAACUACACUGCUCCUGUCUUAUGUAUUGUAAAGUUUGUUGUUGGAUUUUAUUCAUAAAUGAGUGUAUCAGAAUGGAACUUGAGACACAGACUUGAAAGGAUAGGUUGUAAUUCCACAGAAAAAUCGCUAAUGUAUUGAAUCGUUAAGUAAUCCAUUUUGAUGAAUGUUUGUAUUCAUUAAGAACAGAUUGCAGUGCUAAAGGACUAAAAUGUUUUGUUCCAUUUUUGGCCUUGAAUGUGUCAGCUUCAAACAUGCUGAGCAGACACAGAGUAGCUAUAUACAGCUGUAUAGAGAAAAACUCCCCAUACUCUUGGCGCAGCACUGUGCUUUACAUCUAGCCUUCAGUCUCAUAAAAACAUCUCCUGCACCAUUCUGCAAUUCCUCACUGCUGCACCAAGUUCUUGUGGGAUUCUGAGACUGCCAGAAUUUUGCAUUGUUUGAGGAUCUUGCACUGAUCAGAAACUGAGCUGAUAUUUGCUGAAGUAAUUUGACUUGGUCUUUUGCAACCACUGGAAAUGGAAGACUUUCAUCCUGUUUAUGACUAAAGGUUCCAAAUAAAAGGACAAUGCUGUCCCCUCAACCAUGUAAUAAUGGCAUACUGUGAGCAAGAAAUAAGCUUAAUCAAUUUUAAUUUCAACCUUCCACACAAAAAUAAAAUUUAGCACCUCUUAAAUUCAACAGGCCCAUAAUUUAUGGUGCAUCAGUUACACUUCCAGAAUUGUAUCAUUUCCAGACUCUAGUAUCUGCUGACAAUUGUGUUCAACCAGUAGUCAACGUGUUCCAGGCAGAAUACCUCAUCCUAAAUGAUUUCUGUCCAGUGGAGAUCAAUGUAUUUUCUUAAAGUUAGUAUCUAAGAUAAAUGACCUUUUCAAAAUAAAAACUAAAUGCUAGAAAAAUUCAGCAAAUCUAGCAGCAACUAUGGAGAGAGAAACAGAGUUAAAAUUUUAACUCCAGUGGCUCUUUGAAACAUUGGACUUGAAACGUUAAUUCUGUUUCUGUCUUAACAGAUGCUGCCAGACAUGCUGAGUUUCUCUAGCACUGUUGUUUUUUUUUCAGAUUUCCAGCAUCCACAGCUUUUUUUAAAAUUCAUUAAUGGGAUCAGGAUGUCGCUGGCUAGGCAGCAUUUAUUGCCCAUCCCUAAUUGCCUAGAGAGUCAAUUGUUAUAGGCCAGACCAUUUAAGGAUGGCAGUUUCCUUCCGUAAAGGGCACAAGUGAACCAGGUGGAUUUUUCCUGACAGUCAACAAUGGAUUCAUGGUCAUUGCUAGAUUCUUAAUUCCAGAUAUUUUUUAUUGAAUUUAAAUUCCACCAUCUGCCAUGGUGGGAUUUGAAACCGGAUCCCCAGAAUGUUAUCUGGGUUGCUGGAUUAACAGUCCAGCGAUAAUACCAUUAGGCCAUUGCUUUCCCCUGGCUUUGAAACUUUAUUAAAUGCUUUAUUUUUAAUACUUUUUCCAGACACCAGACACUUGUAUUAAGCAAUUAAUGCAACAUUAUUUCCAGUUGUGGAACAGCCCCUUCUGGAAUUCACCUGCCAUGAUUUGGAACCUGGAGGAAAUAAACUUUUCAGAAACAAAUACUUGAAAAGAAUCCAUCUAUGCUGUGAUCUUAAAUAUUUUCUAGGCUGGCAAGAACCUCUUUGAUUUUCUUAUGCAGUUUAAUACAGCAACGUAUAUGAGAUUAUGUGCAUUAAACAUCUGAUUUGUGGCUAACACUGAGAUUGGUGAUUUCAAUACAUACAUUACGCAUUUAUUUGAACUUUUUUUUUCCCCAAAGUAAUCGUUCUGUUAAAUUUUAGAAUGAAUGGUUUUUUUCCAGUUUUAAUUUUAAACUAGGUUAUAUAGUGAACAAUACGAAAGUUAAUACAGUUUGCAAAUCACAAUAUUUUGCUAGCAUAAACCACGUGCUCCAUCAGAUAAAUACUAAUAUUUCAACCGUAAACCUUUAAGCUGUCCAAUCAGUUUAACAACAGAGAAUUUUCAACAGGAUUUCCUAAUCUUCCAUCAUAACUUUGAUGUGAAUUAUUCUUCAGGACUGUUUAUGGCAGUAGAUUGUGAGAAUCCCCACAAAAAUUCCAGAACCUUACUAAGAAGGCAACUCACCACUGCCUUCUCAAGGGCAACUAGAGCUGGGCAUUAGAUGCUGACCCAGUCACUGAUGCCUGGGUCCCACAAGUGAACAAAAAACUUCUCCGGGCAUAUUCACAAAAUUGAAACAGAGACUAGUUUCGAUAAACCAACGCUUGCACCCAGUAGCUUUGAGAGAGAGAAAGAUCAUUUGAUCUGAAGAUGAUCUUGAAAAAAGACUUUUCCCUGGAUUGUCAUAAUGGGCCCACGUGAAGCAUGGAUUUCAGUGUUCACCUGUGGUCUAAUUGUCUGACAUAACCUAUUGUUCCCAGAUACAUGUCCAAUUUACUUGACCGUGUAGUACAUUCUGUUCAAUGGCCUUAAAUGUCAAAGCAGGCUGUCAUUAUCUUGGCAAAACAAUAGUUCAUCAUGGAAUGCAAUGAAGAUGUAUUUAGGAAGUCAUAAACCAAGUAUCUGGAAUGGAGCUAUUUAACACCACAUUAAGUGGAAAGUAAUGUAGCUCUUCUAACCUGAAUAAAAUGUGUAUUUUUUAUACAAAUCAUUAUGUGCACUUUUUAAUAAAGAAUAUCAGCCAAAAA